AUGUCAUCGCAAGGCUGGAAUAUCAGAACAGCUCCUGUCCAGUCGCCUCAAGAAUUGCCAUUCACAGCGCUGGGGCCGCGAGAACAGGCCGUUAGGCAUCGGACUAAUGCAGGCUGCAUUGUCGAGUUCGCUGUCGAGGAGAAGGCGUUGGGCAAAUUGCAGUCACGCUGGGGAAGCCUGCUUGAAGGCCUCGGACGUGGUCAGGAAGUCAAGGCUGAAGUACGCGAUGCGAGAACCUGGAACCACGCAUCACGGAGCUAUCUCUAUCCCGUCAUAGUAUCAGGACCGACCGACCAGGUCAACACAAUCAAGCGACGUUUGGUCCAGGCCUCGAAUUACACGAGGUUGACCGUUCUCGACAAGCCAAUGUGGCCAACGCCCAUCAAACCGCCGCACAGUAACCAGAACGUAUACACAAGCAAAGUCCGGAAACAGCUCAAUGAGGAAGUGGCGAUUUCAAUCUGUGUUCCAGAAGCUAAGUGGCAUAAUAUCAAGGCAGAGGCGUUGAAGCAUGAAACGGUUUCUGCUCUCCCGGGCGUCUCUUUCGAAGUCGGAACACCCGGAGAGCGCUCAUACCUCCUUUGCGAGAACGCAUAUCUAGUGCAGGCUCGGGACGUCACGAUUGUUGGGCCUUGGGACGGCGUCAAGAAGCUGUCUGGCGAGAUUUGGUCGGUCCUCUUUGAACCAGUGGUUCUCAGCGAGGACAUUGACUGGUUGAAGAUCACGGCAGGCGAAUAUGGAUAUGCGACCAGGGAGCUCCCCCCAGGCAACAGUAUGCCUGCAGCAAAGAAGAGACCUGGAACAGUGACACCGUCAGCUUCCAAGCACAAGGAUAGUCGGCCUGAGAACGGGUCAACACCGCCGGGAGUCUCUGCUGUGUUUGAGCCGCUGGGUGUUGGCGAGGACAGAGUGAUCCGGAAGAUCACAGAGCGCGCACGAACGUCUGAAGCAGCGAAAGUUCCUCAGCCCAGGAUGACGGCCUCUGAAACUGCUGAUGUCCGAGGCACUGCAAAUAGAACGUCAGCAAAUUCUCCGUCUCCGACGCCGAUCUCUCAGCCGGCUUCCGAGCCUCAAGACUUGUUCAAAUUGGUUGUGGAAAUCACUGCGCACGACAUUUGGGCCCUGGGCCGUGCUCUGCUCCAUGGUCGGCUGAUCGAGACACUUUCCGAGGACUCAGGGUGCUCGAAUACCAUUGUUUCGCCUGUGGUGUUUGAAAAGUCGCCGUUGAUAAUCACUUCAUGGGGCACGCAAGCGCAGGUCGCCUCCUUUCAGAGCAGGGUGGAGUCCAUCGCAAAGCUGAAAGCCGCUGAACUGGAUCUAGAUGGCUACGGCAUAGAGUGUCGGACAAGUCGCCAAACUAAGAUGUCCAAGUUCGAGGGAGAGGUCGCGCAGAUGCACGUCCGGGCCGCUAUGCGUAGCCUUUCGCAUCCAGUCGUGGUCAUCACUUCAGCAUUACCCGCGCCCGGCGAUUUUCCCGGCACCGGCGAAAUUCGAUUUCGGCGGCAUCGAGGCGUCACGGUCUCCUCCUUCACCACGGUGGCGUUAUCACCGGAACCUAUCAUAUCAUUCAAUUUGAAGGUACCCAGUAGCUCCUGGGAAGCCAUUCGGAAAUCCGAGAAAAUGCAGAUCCACCUCUUGGCCGCGUCUCCGCGUGGUGCUGCAAUCGCACAUGCUUUCACUCAGCCGUACGAACAACCACACGGUGCAUUUGACGCAGUGCGAAAACUGGGUGUAACGGUCAUGUCCAAAAGCUCGGCGACUCCUCCAUGGCUGAGCGAUACCCAUGGAGAUAUAAACUACGUGUUGAAAGCCAAAACAUUGGCGGAGAAGUGCGUUGAAGUGGGCGAUCAUGUCAUUGUCGUGGCUACCGUAACGAGAGUGCAGAAAUAUCCAGCUUCGCUGCGUACCCUCACUAACCCAGAGGGUCAGGAACCGGAUGAGUUUGAUGGUCUUGCGUACGCCAGUGGUGGUUACAGGCGUCGAGGUGCAAGUAUACAGCAGUCCAAGGACGAGGAGCCGCCGCAGGAUACCCAGCCGGUCGAGUACAAGCCGCUGCACGUAGAAGAGCGACCCGCACCGCCUCCUCCGAGCAUCAAGAUGGUUCCCGGCUCAUCGACAUUAAAUCCCUCAGAUUCCGCUGUUCCAGAUCCUUCGCCCGUGAGAAAGCACCGGGCCCCCGCCCGCGAUAACGAUCCCCUCACUUUGGGAGCUGGUCGCAACGACCAUGCACCAAAACGGACUCGACAGCCUUCGACGGUGCCUUUGCCGAAAUUUCAAGACGAUGAUGAGUCUCCACUCAUAUCCCGUGAUCCGAUCUACCAGGCUUUGCGCAAUGCGAGAGAGGCAGGUCUCGGGGAAGACGCCGAUGAGCCCACUGGUCAAUCACCUACCGGCUUCGAAGAGGCGGAAGACCACGAUCUGGGUCUCGAGCGCGCCGCUUACCGGAGUGACAAAUCCGCUGAGUCUUCUGCGAGUACGGGAGAUGACGCAGAGGCUGCAUAUGAGGCAUUUGCAGCCUACGCCGAUGCUCCCGAUGAUCAGACGCCGACUACAAGUUCAGCGUCGCCUGAGGCAUAUGAGGGCGAGAUCAACCCGGCAUUGCAGCAAGGCCACGACGAUGAGCUGGACAAGCUCGAGAAGCAAAGCGAGAAGCAACAUCAGGCGGUCGAUGCCGAGCACGAACGCUCCGAAACACAAGAUCAGAAUCCUAGCAAUCUUACUGCGUCGAAGCCUGUGGAGCCCACGUCCAUGAACGCACCCGCCUUCACUCCUUUCGGACUCGGCAGCUUCGAGAAACGAUCAAUGUCGACCGCAGCAUUCCCUCGCCAAUUCCAUAGCGUGAAGCGCUUCUUUCACACAACUCAACACAUGCACUGGAAAGAAAGGAGAAGAAUCGUCAAGCAGGCGAAAGAAGCCGAGGAACGCCAGAUUAACAAGGUCGAGCCCACGGCCCGUCAAAUUACCGUAGCAGACUUCUUCAACCUCCCCGACGACACAAACCCCACGACCCCUCCUCGCGUCCGAAGCCUCGUCAGGAUGAAGAAGCAAGCCGACCGUGCGCGCCGCAUCAUGGAAAGCAUACCCGAACGCCUUGAUCCGCAACAAAAGGCAGAGUUCCUUAGCACGAUCGACACUCAUGAGCGGAAGAUUGCUCGCAAGAUGGCGUGGAACUCGGCGAAGGAGUUGAGGGUCAUGCUCGACAAGGGCUCGUCGCGGGUGGACUUUCAGAAGGCAAGAUGGAUGGAAGAGAGUAUUGAGCGUGGCCAGGCGAUUCUGGUGGAUGAGGCGAGGAGACUGAAGCAGCAGGCCGAGGAGAGGAGUAUCAGUGCUGAGGACUUCACUAAGGAGAGGGCGAAGUUGGAGGAGCUUCAAGUCGUGCUGCAGACGGAGAUGAUGAGGUUGAGGGAUGUGGUUGAGGAGGCGGAUGGCAGCGGAGGGGACCGGUGGGAUGAUGAUGAUUGA